UUUUUAUGUUGUUAUUACAUCUGUAUUACAUAUGAUUAUAACAACGGUUGUGCUUUUGUACGGUUUACUAAAGACUGUGAGUUGGUGUAUAUUACUGUGGGUUAUAACGCUGACGAUUUACUGGGUUAUUAAUUUGGGUGCUAGUGUUAUUUCUGUUAUGAAUUAUAUUAUAGAAGGUCUUGAAGAAGAACUUGAGCAAACUUCGAACAGAACGUCUUUAAUUCUGGUGGUUCAAGCGACUUGGCUUUUUGCGGUGACGUUCAUAUGGUACUACUGGAAAACUAUUCACGAAUGUAACAAUGUUGCCAAUUUGGUGCAAUACGUUGCAGAGAACUAUCAUUGGUAUCGAGACAGACAAUCAAGUAAUGACAACAACCGAGAAAAUUAGUUGCUUCUUGCCUUCAGUAUGACUACCCACUAGA